GCCAUACCUGAUUGACAGUAAACACAAACUUCUAUAAUCAUUGGUGAACACAUGAUUUUAAAUGCGCAGGAGAUAUUUGGUCAGAUUUCAAAGCCAAAGACUGAAUGAUCUUUGAUCUUGUUAAACACUUUUCCCAAAGCAACUCUUCCCAGAGAAAAAAGGCCUUCUGCAAUAUGAAUAACGGUAGGCCACCUACUGGCAGACCAACUACUGGCAGACCGAUUGGAGGUAGACUCUUGCCCCGGCGAGAGAGAAGAUCCUUCAUCCCUGAGAUGAAGGUCUUAAGUGACAAAAAGUUCAGUCACAUGGUAGUGAUGCAAGAAUCUGAUGGGCGCUCACAUGUGGCUGGCCUGGAAGAGCCCAUCAGGUACCCCCUGUUGCCAACGCACAGACGGCCUGGACCAAUGCUGACCAAUGCUGUUCCAUGGAAGACCAAUGCAGCUGUCCACUGCUGCAAACUGCCCCCACUUCCCCAUACACUCAACUUCCUCAGCCCUGAAUAUCCUGCGACUCACGCUGAUGAGAACAUCAAGAUGGUGUCCGCUGUUACAAACAACUCCAAUAUGGCAGUUGCUUCUGAUGGACAUCCCCAAAAGUUGUUUCCUCUGCUUGUGGAAGAAUCCAACAUGGCAGCAUCCUCUCUGAAGAAUAUCAAGAAGAAAGAUGUACCUCCGGUAAAAGGGUCCCGGAAGGCGGUCCAGCAGUCCACUAAGCUGAUUAACAAUGACAAGAAAGCCGAUGCAGCUGUCCACUGCUGCAAGCUGCCCCUGCUUAACAACGAUAUUGAAGACGUUUCUGAUGGACAUCUCCAAACACUGUCUCCCCUGCUUGUGGAAGAAUCCAUUAAGACAGCCUCCACGGGGAGCAGCAGGGAGGUGACUCCUCUUAAAGACCUCAAGAAGAAAGAUAUCCCUCUGGUAAAAGGGUCCCAGAAGGCAGUCCAGCAGUCCACUGAGCUGAUUAACAACGAGAAGGAAGCUCAGACCAAAAAGACUCCAUUCCCACCUGCCUCAAGCCAGGAUGUCGGCACCAGGAAGCCCCAGCCUCCCUCCAAACUGCCGGUUAGAAAAACAAUUGGUCAGCGCACACUGAACAAGAAAAUGGCUGAAGUUGCCGCCAAUGCCCUACAGGACCUAAAUGUAGAGGUCAUUGCUGAUGUCUCUGCUGAUGGCAAGACUCCAGAUGCAAAGAUUGCUGAGGAUCUUGGCAUUGUGGCUACUCGUGACAAGAAGAAAGACCUCAAGAAGAAAGAUGUCCCUCUGGUAAAAGGGUCCCAGAAGGCAGUCGAGCCGUCCACUGAGCUAAUUAACAACGGGAAGGAAGCUCAGACCAAAAAGACUCCAUUCCCACCUGCCUCAAACCAGGAUGUCGGCACCAGGAAGCCCCGGCCUCUCUCCAAAAUACCGGUUAGAAAGACCAUUGGUCAACACACACUGACCAAGAAAAUGGUUGAAGCGGCCACAUGCAGUUUUGGUGACUCGAUGGCUACCAGGAUGGUGAGCACGAAUCUGCCGUCUGAAAAUGGCCUCCUGCCCCGUCAGGUGAUGGGCGUGUUUCCAGAGACACCGGAGACUCCCCAGGAAAUGGUUGCCGAGGCACCCAGAGCCGCAUCCCGCAGCAAGCCGGAGGAGAUCCGGGAGCGCAGAAGGGCAGGAAAGCACAGCGAGAGGCCCCUUCUCCUGCAGCGCAGUAGGUUCAAGGCAAAGCUGCCGGGCAGCAGGCGGGUGUCCCAAUCCCCCACUCUGCUGCUCAUCACAGAGGUGGACGAGUGCUCGCCCUCAAACUCUAAGGCCUCAUCACCUGCCGAAACAGAGAGUAGCCCUUCUGCCACCAUUCAGCCACGCCCUCCAGCUGGACCCCGCCCACCAAGACGGCCAAAUAACAGGCUGACCCGACCGAGGAGCCAGAGCACGUUUGGAUUUAGAGCGUAUGAGGACGAGACUGAGGAGGAUGAACAGGACAGGCAGAUGCUGGAGGCAAUGCUCUCGCCAUGGUUUAGGAGCAAGAGCCGUGGAUCUUGAAGGGACCAGCGGCAUAUUCUCACAAUAAAUUUACAAUUUUACAAUACAUUUACAAGUUUACAAUAAAGUGUUUA